CAUGGCUCCGCUGCCCGUUGAAGUCGGUGAUACUUGAAGCGAAGAGACUAGCUGAGCCGGUCCUGGUCUGCAUCAAUAGUCUUAGGUUUUAUUCCUACUCCUGCCAGCGGCCUAGUCUGAGUCGAUAUCAAGAGGCUCAGCAUUAGGAUGCGCGUAGUGCCUCGGCUCGUCUAGCGCGAACGCGUGUUCAGUACCAAGAAGACCAAGCAAAGCACGCAAUACGUGCAUGCGCCGCAAGUGCAACGACACCAUGACGUCCUCAAAUCGAGGGCAGGUCCCUCCAGGCUUCCAGUCCAAAUCCACACCCAACUUGCCGACGCUCAGAUCGCUCGACGAUGCGCGCCAGGGUGCUGGCCAUCAGCAUUCACGCUCAGGCGUCUCUCCCCCGCGCGUGACAAGCCCUCGGUCCCCGCUCUCCAAUGGACCGGCUUCAGUGGACGACAAUGGGGAAGAGGAGGAGGACCCGUUCGUGCUAGAGGAGUCAGAAUCAGAGUCCGGGGAAGAGGAGGCGCAGGAGGAAAUUGACAAUCCACCCGCGUCUCGCCCACUGUACACAUCGCGUUCGUACACGCACCUGCCGCGGCAGGCUGCGACGGCCUUCUAUCCUCCCUUCUACAACCGACCACCAGUACCGCUGCCACCGUCCCCGUCGCUGACGUCCCUACUGCGCCCUGCGUUCAGCGCUGCCACCUCACGACCUACAACGCCGGACUCGUCUGAUGUUGAGCUGCCAUAUGGCACCAGCACACCCACCUCAAGCACCACGAACCUUGCGCACCUCACCAACUCGGCACGACAUGCGCCGACUGUCCCUCGUGCUUCGCCGAAGGUCCCGACAUAUGAGUACUAUGGCUUCGCAGUGUAUCUGGGUAGCUCGGCCGCAUUUCUGAUGUACAUCUUAUGGGCGUAUGUCCCGGCCCCAUUGCUGCAUCAAAUGGGCAUAUGGUGGUAUCCAGACCGCUGGUGGGCGCUCGCAGUACCGUGCUGGCUUGUCGCGUUAGUCAUAUACAUCUACGUCGCGCUGGCCAGCUACAACACGCGCUAUCUCACACUGCCGCUCAACAGCUGCGAAAACCUAGUGGAUGAAACCGCACAGGUUGCUGUCGUCGAUCGGAAGACAGGGCAAAUAGCGCGCAAUCCGGUCUUCGGCAUUGGCAGCGCAGUGGGCGCAGAACAAGACUCGUCCAGCAGGUCGGCCAGUCGCAGUAAUUCUUUCUCAGCAUAUCGUUUUGGCGCUGAUGAACAGGUCGAUUGGCAGAGCUUCUGGAACGUGGGCACGGACGCUGUUAUGGAUGUGCCAAUUGGUGGGGUCUGCGAGAUUCUAUACGGAAGCGCCCGGUAGAAGCUGCACAUAGACUAUCGUCAUCUUUACUCAGCUCUUAUCGAAGAGUCAAUGUGAGUUGUUACGGCAAGUCCACGCUGCCCAUUCAUAACGCGCCCUGCGAUCCAGUUCGGAAAAAGCUUGUCAAGUCUUGUGGAUACUCUAACCCCCACUACUAGCCCUCUCCCGCCCCGUCGGAAAUACCAUGCAACCUCUCUGUGAACAUCCAAUCCGCAAGCUCGAAAGCCAUUCUGAAGCGGGGCCUCGGCCUGCUAUCGCUAAGUCUGGCGAAGCUCAAUGCAUCUCCUCGGCAUGGCUUGAAAGGUAUCUCGCAGUCAAUCGCGGUAGCUUGCGCUAGCUGUCCGUAUAAGAUGGCGGGGG